AUAGCAUGAUGUAGGUAUGUAUGUAUAUAACUUUGUGUGCGUGACUGUGUGUAUGUGAUUGAUUGCAUUUUGCAAUUCUUAAAGGCGUACAAUAAAAUCAACAACGCAAAGCGUAUGGAUAGUUUGCCAUGAUGAGCUAUUUUCUUAGAUUAUAUUUAUUAGUAUACUUGUAUAUGUAUAUGUUUACAUAUAGGGUGUACGUGAACUACAACAAUGAAACAACAAUAAUCAGCAAGUAUUUCAGCUAUGCAUAUUUACAGUAUUUCAAUAUAACCUCUUUGUAUACCUGCGAUUAACUACAAAAUGUUUCCAGUUCUUAUUACAGAGUUUUCCAAUUUCUCUUAACAUGCGCUUUAUGGCAUGCGCCUAUAAAUUGCUACCCCUGGCCUCUUCAAGUUAGGUCCGUUUGCAAUAAAAGUUUCAGAUUUUACAUGUGUCCUGCUUGACACACAACGCGUGGAGGCACUUGCAGCCAUUCAAGUGCCUCGCGGAAGUACCCGAUCAGGUAUAUUCGUAGGUAUACCACACAUUCUUUGUUUUGUUAAUGAAAAAAAAAAAUGCUGCAAAUGAAAACAUUGCAAUCUGUAGGCGCAUGCCUUGCUAUAAUUAUUUUCUACAAGUAUUUCCACUUUCAAUAUGCCUAGAUCUAUAGUAUAGUAUUUCCCUCAUUGUGUCAGAUAACUUGUGUGUGCUUUUUUCAAUGCAACAAUUUUACAAAGUUUGCUAUAAAACUGUAUAGCUCUUAUAUUAUAUAAAUGGAGAGGCUUUCUGAAAUAGAGUUUAACAGGCUAUCGGCUUGGAAAGCACAAAUUAUAGAGCUAUUCAACUCGUUAACGAUCUGUGCAUAUUUUAGGCAACCUGUUAACCAAAUAUUCAGUAACUCUCCUAAUUUGAAAUCAAAUGAUUAAUCAAUGCCUAAGUACUAAUUAAUUUGCUAACAACUUCUAUAGAAUUUAAAUUGAUUUAUUUAAAGAAGGUCAAUGAAGGACUCCCAACGAGCCUUCAAAGUGCGCUGUACGCAUGUUUUGUCCCAUUGCCGAAGGAGUUUUGAUGUGUUCCGUCCCCAGAGAAUCAUCUCUAGCUGCUUGCCCCAAAGAAACUUAGUUCACAUGUGUGUACUCUAUUUGGUUUUGAAAAAAAAUGAAAAUUUGUUACUUUUCUUUGGACACGCUCAUCACAUUUAAAAUCCCUUGCACGAUUCGAUCGCUAAUUGAAAUUAUUUAGAUGCACCAAAUUACAAUUACCUAGCAUGAAUGGUAGCCGAAAUUUGUGCACCCUGGCCGAGAAAUUAAUGAAGCGGCGUCGCACUGCCGAUGUCUUUGAGAGAGAUCCAUUCAAGGUUCAAUCGUAUAACUUUCGCUACGCCGAGAAACCCAACUAUCCAGUGCAGCAAUUUCCCCGAUCAGAUGCAGCAUCAUCAGAUAUUCUGGGCCAACGUAGUACGGAGAAGAAGUUUGAGGUCUUCUACCACAAUCCAAACUUUGUGAAACGCGAGCGCGAACGCGAGCAGCCGCCUAGUAAUCCGCAACCAUCGAGUAUUUUCCAUGCACAUCGUCGCCGCAAAUUUCUGAAUGAUUUUCAAUGCGUCAAUACAACCAUGGGAAGCAGACGUAGUAAUAUCCCACCUAUGCCGGAUCUAUCGAAGCUUAGGAAUAGCAAUACUGUGGCUGCUCUGCCACGUCGCAUGAAAGCAUCUGGUCCCCCCCAUGCCGAUGGCAAUGGUGGAAGAUCGGGAGUUGGCGUGCGCACAGCCUUUUUAGGUUCUGGGGGCGGCCCUCUCUCUGUAACUAAUUCGCCACUGCUGAGCAGUUGCUGCAAUCGUGGCGACUACCUGACCUGCAGGCGUGGAUCCAGCAGCAUGGUUUUGGCGCACCGCACCAGUAGCUGCAAGCUAGCCCAGCACAAACGAAACACCGGGUCCCCAGCUCCAGCCCCAGCCCCAGCGACAGACAAGCCGAGCUGUCGCUUCAAUCUGGGUAACAAACGGACCUCAACUACGCUCUUUGCUCGCUCCCAAUCAACGAUGCGACCACAGGGAGCGAUGGAUGCGGCACAGGGAAGGCGCUCCACACAAGCAGUGCUGGGGCCAACCCCGAGCAGCUGCUCGGGCUGUGAAAUAAACAUCAACAUUAGUUCCAUGGACUCGGAUGACGAGGGCGAACAGGUGCGCAUCAAAAUUGAAGCGGAUGCGGCCUGUCUGCUAAAUAACACGGACAAGGCAACAGAGAAGGAUUUGAAACACGGCGAGAAGCCACAGUGUUCCAAAUCUGUCGCCUCGUUGAUAGACAUCGACAAGCGGUUGUCCAAGUUUUGUGUGGGGCGUGACGAGUUGCCUACGUAUAGGGGACGACCAUGCACUGAUCCCUUGGUCGUGCGUCGGGUUCAGGAACAGCGAAGGGAACGGCUGCGUGAGGAACUUCGACGUGAACGUGCCCAAUUCGAUGAUCAGCAGCGGGAGCUGACGGCAGAGCGCCAGCAGGCCCGUCAACGUGAACAAGAGCGAGAGCAACUGCGUCAAGCUGAGAGGGAGCAGGAUCGACAACGUCUGCUCGAGCUGGAAGCUGAACGUGAGCGGGACCGGUUGCGUGAGCUGGAACGGCAGUCACAGCGACAGCGGGAGUGUCUGCGUCAACUGCAGGAGCGUCUUCAAUGGGAACACGAUCGCUUACCAUUGCGUCCAACAAUAAUGGCAAGCCAGCCGCACAGCCAGUUAGUUCCCAGACGGGUGCUCAUGCAGUCGCAUUUAUGCAGGCGGAUGUCGACUGAUCGUCUGCCGGGCAUGAUGCCGUUGCGCGCGUUACAGAAUGCUGGAGAAGCCCCGGUCAUACCGCUGCCAGCACCAUCGCCAGCACCCAGACCAGCAGCACGUACGCCCAACGCUGAUAUGCGCAUGCAACGGCUGCAUAGUUCGGUGCAGAACCUGCAAAGCAUGCGGGGUCUGCCGAGCAGCGAGGAUGGGGACAUAUCGCUGGAGCGACGUAGCUCUGGAUCGUCCAAUGUCAAUGAGCUGGUAGGAAUGUCGACGGAGUCGGCUGUGCGGGGUCGUGGCGGCAGCAGCACUUGCGUCUAUCGACGACGAGCGUCCGGAACAAUGCUGCCCGAGCCCAAGCUACUCAAUGUGCACAGGCGCAGUCCCUGUCCCAUGUCCCCAAAUGAUGUUCUAGCCAAUGCGACAAGUCCUUCAAAUCCACCGAGACGAUCGACUGCGCCGCAUGCGCCCAUAACAACACGCAUUAAUAACAUGCCUAUACGUAUUACCACAACACAGCCCCCGGAUGAUGAAGCGGAUUUCUCAGUAAAUCAGAUUCGUGUACCCAACUCUGCGACAGGACGACGACGCAGUCAAGUGCAAGACCACUCAGAAGAUUCAACGGCGGGCCCAUCAUCUCCGUACAAUGUGCACAUUAAUGUUUAUGCGGAUAAUCUCCGUAUGAUGCGUUUGUGAGUACCGAAGUGUGAGAACGGCUAUAGGAUUUGCGUAGAAUAGAACCGUAUGUGCACCGACGUCUAGACAACUGAUCCGUAUUAAUAGAUGUAGGGAUUCAGAGCUGUCUAAACGUUGGUUUACACACGCUUCGCACUACGAACCUAUUAACUUCAAGUGGCUCUCCUAUGUUCGUGCCAACUCGGCUUUCUCGCAAAUGUUUUAACUAGCGUCUAAAUUAAUGGCGUUCUAUUUUCUUUUGGCUAGUUUUUUAUAAUACAAAAUUUUUGCUUGCAAUUUAAAUUGGCCUAAAAUUAAACAAAAAAUUACGAGUUUUA